CAAGAAGAACAAUACAACAGGAGACAUGCAGUCAAAUCAAAAAAAUUUGAACCAGGAACAAAAGUUUAUGUUCAAAUUCACACUUACAAUAAAUGGUCGUGGAUUCCUGGGGAAAUAGUCGAAAAAGUUGGAAGAGUUAUCUACAAUGUACUUGUCGACACACGAAGUCGCUUGGUUCGAGCUCAUGCGAAUCAAAUCAAGUUUAGAGCUAUCAAGGACAAUGACGACUCAUCUCAACAGCAAGAAAUUCAAUUACCACUUGAAAUAUUAAUCAAUGCCUUCGAUCAGGGAGGAAAACAAGAGAACAUUCAAGAAACUACCUCUGUUCCUCAAGGAAAUUCUACUUCACCUCAAAUUCUAGAAGACAUCAAUCAAGAACUAUUGCAACCUCAAGAAUCGUCUUCACAACCAGAUUCAGGUCAACGAUCGGAACCUGUGCAACAGGAACAACCAGUGCUUAGGCGCUCUCAACGCAAUAGACGUCGUCCACGUAAACUGGAGGAUUACCAGUGUCACUCUUCCAGAUAG